GUGGACAUGUGUCAAUUUUCAAGUAUCAAUUUUUGUGAAUGUUGGUGAUGUUGGAAGUUUGAGGCUUGAAAUCAAUUAAAAUGUACAAAUUUGCCGUUUUAUUUAUUUGUAUAUGUUCAGCAAUCAGUGCAGAGCAAAUAAAUCAACAAGUAAUUAACAGAAAUGUCGAAAGAACGAUCGAUUUAACAUCACAACUAGUCAAGAUAACUGCAACCAUAACCUUAGAAAAUACCGGUAAAGACACAGUUCGAAAUUACCUAAUUGUGCUCGAACCGGAUACUGUGGGUAAUCUUUCUUACAUUUCGGUGAAAGACUCCCUUAAAGAAGACUUGAAAUUGGCUCCAAGCAAGUUGGAGAAGCACGAAAAGGAUGUUUAUAGUGUCCAGUUGAAGCAGCCUUUGACGUCAGGUCGCACGGCUGGAAUCAUCCUUGAAGCUGUUUUUACAAAGGGGCUGGUGCCAUAUCCCAGUAGCAUAACGCAAAAAGAAAAGCAACUGGUCAGGUACUUUGGAAAUCACUAUUUUUAUACACCCUAUGUGACAACUAAGCAGACAACGAGCGUUACAUUGAGCUCCAGAAGCGUUGAAAGUUACACAAAAUUGAAACCAGUGAGUCAGUCAGACUCUAGUUUAACAUACGGUCCUUAUAAUGACAUUCCGGCGUUUUCUCAAGACCGCAUGAUUGUCCAUUACGAAAAUAACUCCCCCUUUUUGACUGUCACGCGUCUGGAACGCCUUAUUGAAAUUUCCCAUUGGGGCAACAUUGCCGUCGAGGAAAACAUCGAGAUUUUACACACGGGGGCCAAAUUGAAGGGGCCUUUCUCCCGCUAUGACUACCAGAGAGACACCAGUAGUAGCCACCACAGCAUAAAAUCCUACAGGACUAUUCUUCCUGCCGCUGCUUACAAUAUCUACUACAGAGACAGCAAUGGAAAUAUUUCAACGUCGCAAGUCCGCUCCCGCAAAGACUGGAUUGAACUCGAAUUGAGACCCAGAUUUCCGCUAUUUGGGGGAUGGCGCAGUUCAUAUACCCUUGGUUACAACGUUCCAAGUUAUCAAUAUUUGUACCGGAAAUCAAGCACCGAAUACGUCCUCAAUAUGAGACUACUUGACCACGUUUUCGAUGAUAUGCAUGUAGAAGAGUUGGAAACGAAAGUUGUUUUGCCUGUUGGAGUGACUGAAGUACAAAUCAAAACUCCGUACGAAGUCCAGAGGUUGCCUGAUGGGGUUACUUAUAAAUAUUUGGAUCAGUUCGGUAGGAGCGUUAUUAAGUUAAGGAAAACCAAUUUGGUGGAGCAACACAUUCAAGAUUUAGAAAUCGUCUAUCACUGGAGAUCGGGAUUAUUGCUUCUUGAGCCGGUUCUGUUGGUUCUUGCACUUUACGUUUUGUUUAUUAUUGUUAUAAUAUAUGUAAGACUCGACUUUUCCAUUCACAAACCUGAACACGCUAAAAAAGAAUGAUUUGUUAAAAAUUGUUCACUAUUUCAUUUUGUUUCUAUUCAUAGUUUCUGUGUGCAUUUGAUUAUAAAAUAAAUAACGUUUUCUACUAA